UUUAAAGAAAUAUAUAUCUGUAAUUUACUAUAUUUACGGAGAGCUGUACGACCCUAAUUAAUAAUUAAUUAAUUUCUCCCCCCUUCGUCACGCGUCUCCUCCCCCAAAUCUCUCCAGACUCUCUCUCUCUCUCUCUCUCUCUCUCUCUCUUAAUCCAUCACUUUCCCCAAAUCUCUCUCGAUCGAUCGAUCGAGAGAUCAUGCACUACUACUAGUACACGCAUGGAGGACGAGGACCACAGCUCCCCCAAGCCCCCCGAGCACUCCGGGUCCAUGGCGACGACGACGACGACGACGAGCAUCCACGUGACGGCGCUGGACGGGGUGGUGAACGUGAACUCGCUGUUCACGGUGGCGGUGUUCGUGGGGCUGUCCCUGACGGGGCCGCCGAGCCCAGGGCAAGGGGGAGGGUGCAGCGCGGGUGCGGACGUGGCGCGGAACCUGCUGGCGUUCGAGGUGGUGUCGUUCAGCUUCUUCCUGUUCUCGAGCCUGGUGGCGCAGGGGCUGAAGCUGGCGCUGAACCUCAUCAACGCCAACGACCCCCACGACGCCUUCCGCGCGCGCAUCGACGCCCGCCUGCUCCGCCUCGGGAUGCUCGCCUCCGCCGGCGGCUCCGUCCUCGGCUGCGUCUUCCUCCUCCUCUCCAUGGUCGACGUCAUCCAGAUCCGCCUCGGCCUCCUCUCCUGCGGCGCCCCCCCCGCCGUCCGCUCCGCCGCCGCCCUCAUCGCCCUCGUCUCCGUCGCCCUCGCCGUCUACGUCUCCACCGUCUUCUACGCCUUCACCCACUAGCCCCCUUCCCCCCCAUCACCCCUCCUCCGCACCACGCUCGAAUGGACUCAUCAUUACGUGUUUGUUUAUUUACUAUUUACUAUUUACUAUUUACUAUUAUUAUUAUUAUGUUGGUAAUGGGAACGACAGAUGCUUCCUUGCUUAUCAUCAUCCACUGCAGUAAUGUGUUUUAUUUAUUUUUAUUGCUGGCUAAAUUGUACAAGGUGUUCUGUCUGUCCUCAAUUUUUAGUACUCUAAUUUUAUUUAUUAUUACGAA